CGUGCGAGCAGUCGGUCGUGUUGUUGUCGCAAAGGGCAGCUAAGAACUGACUACUGUUGUUCCAUACGCCCAGUGUAAUCUUACUAUGAUCAGCAUUAUCACAGUGAAAUAGCAUCAAACAAACAUAAUCAUAAUUAUAAACACAAUUCGUAAACAGUUUUAACUGGUCUUCAGUGCGCGCGCAAAAAAAAAAGGAUUUGAUUAUUGUGUCCGCGUACUGCAGCGUAGGGUUGACCAGCUCGAAGGAUAUGCCGCAUUAUCCUGCCAAAACAAAAAUAUAAACACUCAAGUCGCAGCACGUCGCCGCCCUUGUCGCCAAAGUUACGUGCAUUACAGUAUUGUCCCGUUUCUCCGUGUGUGUGUGUCGUCACCGUCGUCGUCUGUGUCACCACGUUGCGGUCUGGACGAUUUCUAACCACCCUCCGCUCGAACUAUUCCCGCUCCGGUACGCUCUGUGUGUAGUUUAUGCGGUUAGCGUCCAACUACCGCGCGCGCCCCCAACCUUCGUGUGUUUUUUAGUGUGUGUGUGUCGCUGCUGCUGGCAAGUGGCCGCCUUUGUUGCAUGGCAACACUUGGCUAAUCGAUGAGGUGCCGAAAAACGCCAGGCACACACACUCAAACGCCCAGCUAAAUAAGGAUAACACAAGGAUAAUGACCUAUACCGAUUCGCUAACAAAUUGAAAACAUGCAGAAUUAAAUUGCAGCUGCAAAAAUGUAAAGAGUCACGAGGGGAAGCGAAGUCCAGCAAGAGCAGCGAAUAGCAAAGCGUAACGAAUACAAAAUAUAAAACCAUAUAAUAAUACAUAAUAAUAAUAGCAAUAAUAAAAAUAAGCAAGGACAGACUCCCAGUAAAAUGCGUUGCGAUGCCAUGCAGACGCCAAAGACGGCAAUGGCAAUAUAAAGGGAAGCAAUAAAAAAGAACAUAAAGUGAAUGGAAUAGUUAAACAAUUGUUAAGCAAACAAUGCAAACUAAUAAAGCACCUAAAAGGAUUCAAAUUGCAGUUGAGAGCAACGGCAAACGGCGAACGGUAAAUCAAACAACAGCAACAACUAUCGAACGUGCCACAGGGCGUAUGAUUAAUAUUGAAUAAGCGAAAACUACGAAAGAACUUUACAGUAUCGAAUGCAAAACGCCAUGGAGCGCGAAAUGUGCCGAAGGCGUGAUUUUAUUACUAACAAAUGCAUUAAAUAUGCCGAAGCAACAACAACAAUACCAGCAAUAAUUGCUGCGACAACAACAACAACGCCGCUAACGGCAAAUGGUACAACAACCACUGGGCCCAUACUAGAUGUGGUGCUUAGCAGCUCAACCACGAAACCAUUAACGGACAUGCAACGAAACCACCUGCUAAAGAUGCCAACUACAACAGCAACAGCAACAACGACAGCAAACAAAACAGUAGAAUUACCAACAACAACAACAACACCAACAGCAGCAGCAGCAACAGCAACAACAUUAGCAGCAACGCAAAACCUUGGCAGGACAUUAAGAACAUUGGCACACAGCUGGCCACAGUCUGGACUGCUACUGACGCUCUGCCUGAGCCUCAGUCUGGUGUGCAGCAGCCAAGCGGGCUUCGCUUGCCUCAGCAAUCCGUGUGUAUUUGGCGUCUGCAUCGAUGGCCUGAACAGCUCGUAUUCGUGUUACUGCAUUGACGGCUACACAGGGAUCCAGUGCCAAACGAAUUGGGACGAAUGCUGGUCGGGCCCCUGUCAAAACGGCGGCACAUGUGUGGAUGGUGUUGCCUACUACAACUGUACGUGUCCGGAAGGAUUUUCUGGUUCAAAUUGUGAGGAAAAUGUGGACGAAUGCAUGUCAAAUCCAUGUCAAAAUGGCGGACUCUGCCGUGACCGUAACAAUGGCUACACCUGCACCUGCCAGCCCGGCUAUCUGGGGGAUCACUGCGAACUGGAUGUGGCCGUCUGCGACACGGGCACUGGCGCCCGUUGCCAACACGGCGGCGAAUGCAUUGAGGGUCGUGGCUUGGAGUUUAGUUGCAAGUGCUCAGCUGGCUGGCAUGGCCGCAUCUGUCAGGAGGAGAUCAAUGAGUGCGCCUCCUCGCCCUGCCAGAACGGUGGCGUCUGUGUGGACAAAUUGGCUGCCUACGCCUGUGCCUGUCCCAUGGGCUAUACGGGCGUCAAUUGCGAAGAGGAGAUACUCAUCUGUGCGGACAAUCCCUGCCAGAACAAUGCCCUCUGCCUGAUGGAGGAGAACAUACCCACAUGUUACUGUGUCCCCGAUUAUCACGGCGAGAAGUGCGAAUUCCAAUACGACGAGUGUCAGCUGGGACCGCGUUGCAUGAACGGAGGCGUUUGCAUUGACGGCGUUGAUACCUUCUCCUGUUCGUGUCCCCCACUGCUAACGGGCAUGCUAUGCGAAUGCUUGAUGGUGGGCGAGGAAUCGCUUGAUUGCAACUAUACAGCACCAGCAACAUCUGCACCGCCCGUUACACCUUCGAUGCCGCCCUCCUCUACACUAGCACCGCCCACUGCGCGUCCGGUUACGCCACCAGAAACGACUAUGGCACCAAGUGCACCACCAACUACACCACCAGCACCAGCUGUAACCACUAUAGCGCCAAUUGAGCUAUCUUCGUCGUCUGCAUCGUCUUCAUCGGAAGAGACCGUGGUGGAGGUACGAGUAACGGUAGCACCACCAGAGAGCGACAGCCACAGCUUAGACAAGGCGCCAACAACCAUCAGACCACAACCAGAGCCCACAGAGCCUACAGCUGAGCCACAGCCAUUGCCUGGACCCACCCCACCAGCAACAGCUGGCGGCAUUUCUUCUGCCUCCUCCUCGUCUUCCGAGGAAAGUCACGGCAUCUACACUACUCUACCCCCAAUACCAGCACCGGGUGUCACCUCCUCCUCAGCCGAAACGUCUUCGGAAUUGGUUACCUCCGAGGAAUACACAACAGUGCGGCGUUUUGAUGUUAGCGGCAGUGGCAGCAGCAGCUCCAGCGAGGAGCCCACCACCACAAUGCGCACCACUGUGACACAACCACCCACCAUAACAAUUGCCGUCGAUUAUGCAUCAUCGAGCAGCUCCGAGUCUGUAGAGCAGCCGGUAGCCGUAACCACAGCCAGCAGCAUCUUUGUGCAUCGCGUAACCACGUUUGAAACAAGCAUCUCUGUGGACUAUGCACCCACACCGACACCCUAUUUUCCGCCAGAAACCACAGUGCGCCCGACCAAGUCGUCUCUGGAGGAGACAACGCGACAUUUGUGGACCGAAAUGCCCACCACAGCGGCACCAUUCUUCACUGAUUAUCCAGCCGAGGUGCUCAUCACAACACAUCGCACCAGCGCUGGGCGAUUUACGACAGUGCAACCACCAAUACAACAAGAAACCACCACAGCGCCACUGGACUAUGAACCGCCCAGCGUGGAGCUAACCACGGCACAAACUCCGCACAUUGUGGUAACCAUUCUGGAGAGUAACACAACGCUUCCGACCACAACACAUUUGCCGGCAAUAACAACCCAGCGCCAACAACCACAAACAACUCAUGCAGCCACAGAAAUAGCAGCCGAAUGGGAGCCGAGCACCACACAACUGCCACCACCUGUAACCGUGCCCAUGCCUGUGGAGGUAACAACAUCCCAGUCUCUGCCUACAGAGGAUUUGCUUGGGCCGCCUUUGAUGACCGUAGAGUCACCUCGCGAGACAACCACGCCCAGAACUGUGGUUACCCUGGCACCCACACCUUUGCCCACGGAACCACCAACAGUGCCCAGCUUGUCGGCAGUUACGGUACCGCCAACGCCACCAUCUACACAGUCUGCACAGACUAUGCCACCACCCACACCACCCAUAUAUGUUUACAGUACGCCCGGACAGCCAGAGGUAGCAGCGCCGACCAAGUCGCAGGUAACCGAGAGCAGUGAGGAGACAGACGGUGCCAAUACGGUGGCCACCGGUGGUGCCGGCAGCGGUGCAGGCGGUGCCGAAGAAAAAUCUGGCGACGUUGACUGCAUUAAACUCGGCUGCUAUAACGGCGGCACCUGUGUAACCACAUCGGAGGGCUCCCGGUGCGUUUGCCGCUUCGACCGCCAGGGGCCGCUUUGCGAGCAGCCAAUUGUCAUACGAAAUGCCGCCUUCUCAGGUGAUUCGUAUGUAUCGCAUCGCAUCUACAAGGAUAUACCGCAGCAUGAGGCAUUGGAUGCUGUGCUGCCCAUGCACAUACAGCUGAAGGUGCGCACACGGGCGACCAAUGGACUGAUCAUGCUGGCCGCCGCCCAGGGCACCAAGGGCGGACACUAUAUGGCGCUCUUCCUGCAAAAGGGUCUCAUGCAGUUCCAGUUCUCGUGCGGAUUGCAAACGAUGCUGCUGAGCGAACUGGAAACGCCUGUGAAUACGGGCCACGAAAUUACCAUUCGAGCUGAAUUGGACUUCAGCCGCAAUUACACGCACUGCAAUGCCUCGCUGCUCGUCAACGACACGCUGGCCAUGUCCGGGGAUCAGCCGACAUGGCUGAAACUGUUACCGCCGCGACUGCACACGCCCGAAGUCAUAUUGAACACUUGGCUGCAUUUGGGCGGCGCACCCCAGGCGCCAAUUGGCCUCAUUAUCGAACUGCCGCCAGCUCAAAGCGGCACCGGCUUUACCGGCUGCCUUCAUACACUGCGCAUUAACGGACAGGCUCGCGAAAUAUUUGGCGACGCGCUGGAUGGCUUUGGCAUUACGGAAUGCGGCUCAUUGGCCUGCCUGUCGAGUCCGUGCCGCAAUGGCGCGGCCUGCAUCAAGAUUGAAUCGAACGAACUGGACGAGAACGGUGACAAGGCCGAGAAAUGGAAAUGCAAAUGCCCCACCGGCUAUAUGGGUCCGACCUGUGAGAUAUCCGUGUGCGAGGACAAUCCCUGUCAAUACGGUGGCACCUGUGUCCAAUUUCCGGGCAGUGGCUACCUUUGCCUCUGUCCGCUGGGCAAGCACGGCCAUUACUGCGAGCACAAUCUCGAGGUGGCACUGCCCUCCUUUUCGGGCAGCGUCAACGGGCUCUCCUCAUUCGUGGCCUACACGGUGCCCGUGCCCUUGGAGUAUUCGCUGGAGCUGAGCUUCAAGAUCUUGCCACAGACCAUGUCACAGAUAUCACUGCUCGCCUUCCUGGGACAGUCCGGUUAUCAUGAUGAGAAGAGCGAUCAUCUGGCCGUCAGCUUUAUACAGGGCUACAUUAUGCUAACCUGGAAUCUAGGCGCUGGACCGCGACGCAUCUUCACACAGAAACCCAUCGACUUUCGACUGGAUGCGCCGCGUGUGCCCUACGAGAUCAAAGUGGGUCGCAUCGGUCGCCAGGCCUGGCUCUCCGUGGAUGGCAAGUUCAAUAUAACUGGUCGCUCGCCGGGCAGUGUCAGCCGCAUGGACGUCCUGCCCAUACUCUAUCUGGGCGGUCAUGAGAUUGCCAACUUCAAUACGCUGCCUCACGAUCUGCCGCUACACUCGGGCUUCCAGGGCUGCAUCUACGAUGUACAGCUGAAGGCGGGCCAGGUGACGGUGCCGUUGCAAGAGACCCGCGGCGUCAGAGGACGCGGUGUCGGGCAGUGUGGCACGCGUGAGUGCCACAGGCAUGCCUGCCAGCACGACGGAGCCUGCCUGCAGCAUGGCGCCACCUUUACGUGCAUCUGCCAAGAGGGCUGGUAUGGACCGCUCUGUGCACAGGCCACAAAUCCCUGCGACUCCUUCAAUAACAAAUGCUACGAGGAGGCAACUUGUGUGCCACUGGUGAAUGGCUACGAAUGCGACUGUCCAGUGGGACGUACAGGCAAGAAUUGUGAGGAAGAAAUACGUUCACUUAGCGACGUCUCACUGACUGGUCGGCGUUCGUAUCUGGCCGUGCGCUGGCCUUAUCUCUAUGAUGGCGGCGAUAAGCUGGGGGCCAAGCGCUCGCAAAUGGUCAGCUAUCGGAACUUUACCAAAAAGCUGCUGCCGCCCAAGCCCAUCUCAACGCCCAGCACACACUUUGUGAUGAAGCUGCUCAACGAGGUGGAGAAGCAGCGCAGCUUCUCCCCCGUGCCGCUGAUGGGCUCCAAGACCUUCGAGGAGCAUCAUCGCGUGCAAUUCUUCUUCAUCGAAUUCCAAUUGCGCCCGCUCUCCGAACGUGGACUGCUCCUCUACUUUGGCACACUGAACAACAAUCAGGAUAAGAAGAUUGGAUUCGUUUCGCUCUCACUGCAGGGUGGCGUUGUUGAGUUCCGCAUUUCGGGGCCCAGCAAUCACGUGACGGUGGUCAGAAGCGUGCGGAUGCUGGCCAUCGGCGAGUGGCACAAGAUCAAAAUGGCUCAACGCGGACGCUGGCUAACAUUGUGGGUGGAGGGCAGCGCCUCUUCGGCACUGGCGCCAUCCGCCGAGGUGCUGGUCGAGCCCGAUGCUCUGCUCUAUAUUGGCGGCCUCAAGGACGUCUCCAAGCUGCCGCACAAUGCCAUCUCCGGUUUUCCCAUACCAUUCCGUGGCUGUGUCCGCGGACUCGUCGUCAGCGGCACUCGCAUUGUGCUCAACGAAACGAAUAUCGUGGAAUCGCGCAACAUUCGCGACUGCGACGGCACAGCUUGCGGCGGCGACUCCUGCGAAUCGGGCGGGCAUUGCUGGCUGGAUGAGAAGCUGCAGCCACAUUGCAUCUGUCCGGACUAUGCCAAGGGCGAUCGAUGCGAGUACUCGGAGACCUGCAAGCUAAUACCCUGUAAAAACAAUGGACGUUGCUUGCGCAGUGGCCGCUGCUCCUGUCCCAAUGGCUGGGGCGGUUUCUACUGUGAGAUAGCACUGAGCAAGCCAACAACACCGAGCUUCCGCGGCAACAGUUACCUGAUCUUGCCACCCCCUCGCAUACCAAUGAAAGACAAACGCCGCGGCCCUUCGCUCUAUGCGCGUCCACCGCGCGAAGCCGUACAAAUAUCGCUGAACUUUUCAACCAUCGAACCGGAUGGCCUAUUGCUUUGGAGCGAGCACAAUCAGCUGAAAUUCUUGGGUCUUGGCUUGGAGAACGGACAUUUGAAACUAGCCAGCAAUUUGCUGGGCAGCAGCAAUGACACCGUGCAGGCUGCAGCCAGUGGUUUUAUCGCCGAUGGCGCCUGGCAUGGUACCAGCGUACUCCUGGAUCGCACACGGCUCGAGCUGCAGCUGGAUGGAGCCGUGAUAUUUACAGAGCGAUUGCCCGAGCUCAAUCGAAGAUAUACAACACCAACGACAUCGUUGCAGCGACGAGGCGGCAAGGAACCAACGAUUAGCUAUGAGGAUAUUUUCUAUUUGGGUGGAUUUCCCAAUCAGGAGUCGGUGAGCAAACGGACACAAGGACGCUUUUACGAACCGUUUAAAGGUUGCCUGCAGGACAUACAAUUCGGUGCAGAGCCAACAGCCGUUAUAAGCGAUUUCUCAGCAUACCAAGGCGAAAAUAUUGGCUCUUGUGAUUUGCACGGUGAUGAGCCGAUUAUUGUAUAAAUCGACAGAUGAAUAAAAAAAAAUAAAAAUCUGAAAAGAUAAUAAUAAUAAGAGAACACAUUGUAUAACCAAAUAUUCGUAUAUUAUUGUGAAUUACAAUUAAAUAAUUGUGGACGAAAUUUCAAGUAAAACUGAACGCAAGAGAAGAAAAAUUUAAAAAAUUUAGACUUUAAGAUUAAGUGUUAAGGGAGUUUAUAUUUGCAAAAGCCUCCUUUGAAAACAAAAACAAUUUUAAAAUAUAUACAGUCGAG